GGGAUCAUUCAAAGGAAUCCCAUGGUGCAUGUAGCUUUUUUUGUCAUUCGUCUGACAACUACAUAAAGGUUAAUGCUGCCCUGAUGCAGUACUGCCACGAGGGUGGCUUCACUGUCCUGGGUGGUCUCGUUGAUGACUGGCCCAGCUGCCUGAGCAGAGAUGGUGUCCACCCGAGCCGCUUUGGUAACAAGGUGCUGACAGAGUACCUGUACCAGGUGGCCUGCACCCUGUCCAUCCAUCUGGAGAGAAGCCACAUCCAACAGUGCUACAAGGAGACCCGGGCACCUUCUUCAUGGACCGGCUGGACUCGGCAGGACAAGCAUCCCUGCCAUCACCGAGGUCCACUAGAUGUAACAGCUGCGUGCAUUCACUACCAUCAAGUCAUCAGGAGCGUGUGUACCUCUAUGUAAAUUGUACACUAUUGUCUAAGAUGGAAAAUCAGACAUGUAGUUUGCUGUAAUGGUUCUGCCAAUAAAAGUUUGCUUAUAAAUUUUUAUUUUCUUGCAAAGCUGGCAUUGUAUAUGCAACAGGUCAACACAACAUAUUACCUAUAAAUAGCUUUUUUCUACAAUUUUUUUGCAGGUGCACAAUAUUCACCUGCUAUGAAAUUGGGAGCAUUGCUUCCCUUUAACAUAAUGAGUGCAAAA